AAUUGAUUAGCCACAUUCAUGUAUUGUAUGUAUUGCAACGAUAUCUUGUUUCGCUGUGUUACGACUAAACAUUUAAACAGUAUUUAGAGAAGAACGUAGAAACGGAAGUAUACUGGUGCAGGUAUCGAAAGCGGAAGUGUGUUAAUGUCAAUAUUCGGAUAACGAUCACAGCUUGUGCGUGGUAGUGGCAUCUAGCGGCAAGUUGUUAGGUGGUUGUUUUGCUGCCCGGCGUAAAAGCGGACUGUAGUGCAAACUGGAGGUUUUCAUCUGGUUGUUGUUAAACACUUCAAGACAUUAGAAGCCCUGCCAUUCUGAAGUGAUGCAUUAGUAUAAUGGGCAGUGGGCAUAGUGUAUGAAGAUUAAAUUUGUUGUGCUGUUUCCAGUUUUACAUUAUCUGAUAAGGUUGUCAUCACAUUGAAGAUGUUUUGCAUAAAUUUUUAAACUUGGCCGAAGCAGGACACAAAUAUGUCUUUACUUAAGACCACGAGUGUGCUCAUAACAAGAAACCAAGACUGAAUGUGGAUCUGUUCAUGGCCAUAGCAGUUUAAUGGAUCUCUAUGAGAAAUGUCUCAAGAACAGAGGACUCUGCGAAGGGCUGUCAGACAGUUUAUCCGUUUCAGGUGCCACGCGUCAACCAACAUGUUCCCAUUAGCGCAAAGUCCACAAUUUCCGCAGGCUCAUUCAUUUGGUAAUGCAAGUUUGACGCCGACAUCCACGGUGCCAUUGUCACCUGUUGUGGAAGGUACAAUAUGUCAACCACCAAUGAUCACCGCAAGCAGGUGCAAUAAUGUGUCAGCUGCAGGCAUUACAAGAUUUGAGAAAGAAAAAGUUGUUUACACCUGGACAGUUACGGGCAUAAAGAACUGGCCCGAGGACGUGAGCAGCAUAGCAUCUACUUCUUUCCGUCACCCAAAUUCGAGCGAGUGGUGCAUGGUGCUGUCGAAGAAAGGCAACGAGUUACAUCUCUGUUUCUGGUUGAAAGUAAGCAAGGAACCUGCCAAAGCAAACCUGAAAGCUACACUUUCUUUAGGUGGAGACGAGAAACGUGAAGUGUAUCCGCCGUUAUACUGUACACUUAAAGGGGGUGAGAAGUCAGCACCAAAGUCUAUCAGUGACACCUUUCCCAUUACAGAUGGUUACAGGAAUGUGGGUGACAGAUUGACAUUCGAGUGCGAGGUGGAGAUUAUGUGCAUUGUGUGGGACGAGUUGCCAAGUGCUUCUGCUCUGGAGACUGAGCCCGGCCUUGCUAGAGACUUCGGUAACUUGUUGGAGUCCCAAGAUUUUUCAGACUUCAUUCUGCAAGCUGGAGAUGUCAAAUUCAAAGCGCACAAGGCAGUGCUGUCCACCCGCAGCCCUGUCUUUGCCAGAAUGUUGCAGCAGGAUAUGAAGGAAGCACAAGAAAACUGCGUCUACAUCGAGGGCGUGGAACCGGGUGUGGUGGCAGAGGCACUGCGUUACAUGUAUACAGGCCGCGCACCGGCACUGUGCGAUAUGGCCCGGGGCUUGCUGGUGUUUGCAGACCGUUACGACCUGUGUGAGCUAAAGAGCCAGUGCGAGGUGGAGCUGGCGAGGCGCCUCACCAUAGACAAUGCUGCCAAUUCUGCAGUCUUUGCUGUGGUCAACUCAUGUGAUGCCCUACUCAAGGCUUCUGUAGCUUUCAUAAAGCGGCAUAUUGAAGAGGUGAUGGGCACUACAGGCUGGAAGGAUGCCCUCCACAGCGACCCUGACUCUGUCGAAAAGAUCAGUCAACUCAUCGCAGCUGGUUCCCAGAGUAAAUCCGAUGAUGACUCUGCAAAGAAGAAUGUAAUUGGAAAACCAUUGGACGGCAUACACUGGAAUUAGUAUGCAACAUGAAACUUGAUGCGGCACAUAAGUUUUGUGUUCUGUGACGGGUUCCUGUGCUGCUGUGCAUGUAAUGGGUGACAGACAAGGAUCCAAGAUGAGAAGUCUGCUUGAAGUUUGGAGGGCAGUAUAACGUGAUAAUUAUUAUUAUUUCUUUGUAAUACCCUGUAUCUUGUGAAAUUGAUUCACAACUUAUUACUGUAGUGUAGUUAGGUUACCAAAUUUUGAUAUGCCUAAAAGUUAUAUAAUUCCUUCAAGUAUUUUAAUGUAUGUGUUUCCUCAUAAGUAACUUCAUACAUUGUAUGAAUAAAUGUAUUGUUUAUGAUAUUAAAAACUAUUUCGAUACUGUGAUCUUCA